AUGUAGUUAGAUUAAUUGAUAACAACCUUUGGUUUGGAUUCUUGUGAUGAAAUCCCUUUUCUCAAAUUGUAUGCAAGGAAAUUCAAAAUCUCUCGUCCUUCAUAUAUUGCUUUCAUCGUUGUGUUAUUAGGAUUAGCUUGCAUAAUAUUAGGAAUAGGAAGAGGAUUCUUUAUUAAAAUUAUGACAUUGGUUUAUCCAUUCAUCAUGACCUUAGAAGUCAUAGAAACAUAGAUUUGUUUAGAUUACAGGAAUGCCAAAUAAUGGUUAUCAUAUUGGGUUAUAGUGAUGAUUGUUCAUUUGUUGGAUGACUACUUUUAUUGGAUAUUAUAUUACUUACCCUAUUACCAUUUCAUUAAGUUCAUCUUUUUUGUGUUGCUGUUUCACCCUAAAACACAGUUUGCAGAACAUUUCUAUGAUGCAGUAUUUCAUAGGUGUUAUAUCAACUAUUAAAAAUACAUAUAUUCAAGCAAGAGAGUAUCCAGCUACAACUAUUGA